GACGCCUACUCCGAGAUCGCCUACCUUUUCGCUGAGUUUUUCCGAGACCUUGACAUCGUCCCGUCUGACAUCAUCGCGGGCUUGGUUCUCCUGCGGCAGCGGCAGCGGGCCAAGCGCAACGCCGUGCUGGAUGAGGCAAACAAUGACAUUUUAGCUUUUCUGUCUGGGAUGCCAGUGACCAGGAACACAAAGUACCUGGAUCUGAAGAACGCGCAAGAGAUGCAGCGGUACAAGGAGGUGUGCUACUACAUGCUGUUUGCCCUGGCUGCCUACGGCUGGCCCAUAUACCUGAUGAGGAAGCCCACCUGUGGACUCUGUCGCCUGGCCAGAUCCUGCUCAUGCUGCUGUUUCUGUCCUUCCCGUCCCCGCUAUGCACCUGGUGUCACCAUUGAAGAGGAUAACUGCUGUGGCUGCAACGCCAUUGCCAUCCGGCGCCACUUCUUGGAUGAGAACAUGACCUCGGUGGACAUUGUUUACACAUCUUGCCACGAUGCAGUCUAUGAAACACCUUUCUACGUGGCUGUGGACCAUGAUAAGAAGAAGGUGGUCAUUAGUAUCCGAGGAACUCUCUCUCCAAAAGACGCCCUGACCGAUCUAACCGGGGAUGCAGAGCGCCUGCCGGUCGAGGGGCACCACGGAACGUGGCUGGGACACAAGGGAAUGGUGCUAUCUGCCGAGUACAUCAAGAAGAAAUUGGAGCAAGAAAUGGUGCUUUCCCAAGCUUUUGGACGAGACUUAGGGAGAGGAACGAAACACUACGGCCUGAUUGUGGUUGGUCAUUCCCUCGGGGCUGGCACCGCUGCCAUCCUCUCCUUCCUCCUGCGCCCGCAGUACCCCUCGCUGAAGUGCUUUGCCUAUUCUCCCCCAGGUGGGCUGCUGAGUGAGGAUGCCAUGGAGUAUUCAAAAGAGUUUGUGACUGCAGUCGUGCUUGGCAAAGAUCUCGUGCCCAGAAUCGGGCUCUCGCAGCUGGAGGGGUUCCGCCGGCAGCUUCUGGAUGUUCUUCAAAGAAGUAACAAACCAAAGUGGCGAAUCAUCGUGGGUGCUACGAAGUGCAUACCCAAGUCAGAGCUUCCUGAAGAGACGGAAGAAAACUCGGUAACGAGUAAUCGCCUCUGGACGCAUCCCAGCGACCUGACCAUCGCCCUGUCUGCGAGCACGCCGCUCUACCCGCCCGGCCGCAUCAUCCACGUGGUGCACAACCACCCUGCGGAGCAGUGCUGUUGCUGCGAGCAGGAGGAUCCCACGUACUUUGCUAUCUGGGGUGACAACAAGGCGUUCAACGAAGUGAUCAUCUCGCCGGCGAUGCUGCACGAACACCUCCCGUAUGUGGUCAUGGAAGGGCUCAACAAGGUCCUGGAGAAUUACAACAAGGGGAAAACAGCUUUACUCUCUGCAGCCAAAGUGAUGGUGAGUCCUACAGAAGUGGAUCUCACCCCAGAGUUGAUCUUCCAGAGCCAGCCCCUGCCUAGCGGACCCUCGGUACAGAUCGGAACUGGAGCCGUGACGGCGGACAGAAGGAACAGCAGCACCAAGAGCAAGUCCCACUCGGAAAUCAGCUUGGAGGGGUUCUAUGAGACAAAGCCACUUUCUCCUGUGCAGAAAGACCCCGUGGAGCUGCUCCUCCUGGAUACAAAGGAACGUCUGUCUGUGGAGCUGCAGGACCGUCGCGCCCCUCUCGCCACCAUGGAGAGCCUCUCGGACAAUGAAUCCAUCUACAGCUUUGACUCAAGGCGCUCCUCUGGUUUCCGGAGCAUCCGGGGCUCCCCCAGCCUCCAUGCUGUCAUGGAGAAGGACGAGACGCACUGCUUUUAUAUAGACCCCGUUAUCCCCGAGGAGAACCCCUCCCUCAGCUCGCGGACAGAGCUGCUGGCUGCCGAUAGCCUCUCCAAGCACUCCCAGGAGACUCAAGCCCCCGACAAUGUGCUCAACAGCGGUGGCACUACCCCCCAGCGACGCUGCAGCGAGGAGGGGGCCAGCAGCGAGGGGGACCGCGUCUCCUUACCCCCUCGUGAGGAGUUAUCCCUCCAGAAUGGACGGCUCACUGAUGUUCCCAGUCCCCAGGUGCUGGAGUUUGCUGAGUUCAUAGACAGCCUCUUUAACCUGGACAGCAAAAGCAGCUCCUUCCAGGACAUCUACUGCAUGAUGGUGUCAGACAGCUCUAGUGACUUUGCAGAGAUGCCCAAAUCUGUCAGUGAUCAGGAGAUCCUCUUGAGGGCACAAUAUGAACCCAACCUAGUCCCAAAGCCCCCGAGGUUGUUUGCAGGCUCAACCGAUCCUUCGUCGGGCAUCUCUGUCUCACCCUCUUUCCCCCUUAGUUCAUCUGGAGAACUCAUGGACAUCACUCCCACAGGCGUGAGCAGCCAGGAGUGCCUGGCCACUGACAAAAUCCGGACUUCCACCCCCUCUGGGCACGCAACCAGCCCUGCCAAGCAGGACGACCUCAUGAUUUCGGCUCUCUAG